UUCAGCCCUCAGCCCGUGAUCCGCAAAGAAGCGGGAGAGGCGCUGGGAGGAGCGGUGUGGGGCUGCGGGGUCUGUUUUGGGCUGAAACACGUUGUUUAUGCAAUGUUUGGUAUGUUUUUAUGUCGUGUUCUCUGCUAGGAUCCAUACUUUAUAUCCCAAUGGAGGAGAGAGUCUGAGGAACCUGGAUGGUCACAAGCCAGCAGAACUGCUUUAAUUUGUGUGGCAAGAGUGGCAUAAGGUCACCCAAAAGCAGUGUGAAAGACUGGUGGAGAGUAUGCCAAGAUGCAUAAAAGCUAUGAAUAAAAUCAGGCUUAUUCCACCAAAAAUUGAUCUCUGAACUCGCAUUUAUUAAGAACUGAGGACCUGCUGUGUUGUGAGCUGUACUCUUCACAGAAUAGUUCUUCUUCAUCUAACUACCAGUUAUACCAGUUAAGGGGGGAAAAUGCCCAACUGCUGCGCAGCAUAUGGCUGUGGAAAGACCCAUAAAGACAAUGUCACGAUGUUCAGGUUUCCAAAGGACCCUGUGAGCUUCCGCAAAUGGGAAAAGCAGGUACAGAAGACACGGAGCAAAUGGUAUGCGAAGGGCUUCUCUUUCCUGUGCUCUGAACAUUUUAGCAAGGACUGUUUUGAGCCGAGAUCCAACGCAGUGGCCAAAGCCAUGGGGUUCAGGGGGCUGAAGCUAAAUGAGGGAGCUGUUCCUACAAUUUUCAUCCGCCGGCCUUGCAGUAACUGUCACGGCAAGGGCUGUGUGUCCUGCAGUCCAAAGAAAAAGAAACACGACAUGGGAAUGGAGCCCCUGGACUCUGAAGCAGAAGAGUACACAGGGGCUCCUGUGGAUCUAGACUCUGAUGCUUUGGAGGAAGAGAAUGGAGAAGAGGAGAAUGAACACAUAGAGCAGGACCAUUCUGAUGGAGUGGUUACUAGUCCCACAUUUCGUUCACGUGGUUCUUUUGUGCGCAAUGAUGUAACAGUUGUCUGUGAGAAGUGUGGUGUUUCUGGCACCAGAGGAAGCUUCUACUCCAGGAGUAAACGCUUCUGCAGCGCAUCCUGCUCACGCUCCUUUUCCUCCAGCUCUAAGAAAUCUUCCAUACUGGCACAGCUACAGGGAAAGCCACCUCUGCGGAAGGGUCAUGCAUCACAAGCAAGGAGUUCUGCUCACACACAAGGAACAGGAACAGGACAUCAGGGCAGCACAGCUUCUGCACAUGAUGUAUCCUCUGGUUUUGACUGGGGUGGUUAUCUAAAGAAACAUGGCUACCUCGCUGCUCCAGUCUCCUGCUUCAGACAUGUGCCGCUGUGCGCUCAGUGGGAGGACAUUGAGGUGGGGUUGCAAGUGGAGGUGCUGAAUAUUCACACUACUGUGAUGUCGAAGGUUUACUGGAUAGCCACCAUCAUUCGGCUCGCAGGCUACAAAGCCCUGCUACGCUAUGAGGGAUUUGGGGAUGACGCUAGUUAUGAUUUUUGGUGUAACCUUGGCAGCGCUGAAGUCCAUCCUGUUGGCUGGUGCGCAGUAAACAGCAAGCUACUCGUUCCCCCUCAGGCACUCCAAAACCAUGUAACUAAUUGGAAAUCAUAUUUGAUGAAGAAGCUUGUUGGAGCAUGUACACUUCCUGUGGAUUUCCAUUCCAAGUUGGCAGAAAGCAUGAAAUACCCUUUCAGACAAGGGGUCAGAGUAGAAGUGGUGGAUCGCUCUCUAGUUAGCCGUACGCGUAGAGCAGUGGUGGACACUGUGAUUGGGGGCCGCCUGAGACUUAUCUAUGAAGAUGCAGGACUUGGAGCCAGUGGUGAGGUGCUCUCAGACUUCUGGUGUCACAUGUGGAGCCCCCUGUUGCACCCCAUAAACUGGUCGGUUAGAGUUGGCCAUGACAUUAAGAGAACAGAUAAAUCUGUUGACAUGAGCAGCCAUCCAACAUUUCGGAAGGGAUUCUCUGAUAGUGUGCCAAAGCAGUUCAAGACGUUAAGAACUGUUUAUAUGGAUGGAGGAUUUUUUGAGGAGGGAAUGAAGCUUGAAGCCAUUGAUCCUUUGAACCUGGGGAACAUCUGUGUAGCAUCAAUUCGAAAGGUGCUCUUAGAUGGCUACCUCAUGGUUGGUAUUGAUGGUGUGGAGAUUGGUGAUGGCUCAGACUGGUUUUGUUACCAUGCCAGCUCACAUGCUAUUUUACCCACAGAAUACUGCCAAAACAAUGACAUACCCCUCACUCUGCCUCCAGGCCAUGAUCAGGCAACUUUUACAUGGUCUAAAUAUCUGGAAGAAUCUGGAUCCAUAGCUGCUCCACGCAGAUUAUUUAACACGGAUCCUACAGGCCAUGGCUUUACCGUGGGCAUGAAGCUGGAGGCAGUGGACCUGAUGGAGCCUCGGCUGGUGUGUGUAGCCACUGUGCAGCGGUGUGUAGGCCGGCUGCUCUUGCUGCACUUCGAUGGCUGGGAAUCAGAGUUUGACCAGUGGGUCGACUGUGAGUCUCCUGAUAUCUACCCUGUGGGGUGGUGUGAACUCACUGGCUAUCAGCUUCAGCCCCCCAUUGGCCCAGAACCAAAGGAGCGACCAAACCAAAGCAAAAAAUGGCUGGGUAAAAAAAGGAGACGACCUGGGAGGAAAAAGACAGUUGAUGACUCUUCAAAAAAGCAGCUUCCUCAGCAAGAUGUUCAGGUACAGCCAGACGAAGCUCCUGCUUCUACUCAGUUCCCCUCAGACCUGCCAUCUCUGCCCACAGACACACCUACCAAGAUCACAAGCGUACCAAUCAUCACACAGCUGAAGACUGAGACGGAGGAACAGGUUAUUUCAGUUCAAGUGAAGGUAGAGGAGAUUGAGAUGGAAACCCCCAUCACUCAUAACCUACCAGCCGCUGACACUUCCAACACUCUCACCCCGCUCACCUCUCCCAAAAAAGAAGAGGGCCCUCUGUGAAAUCCUGGAGUGCAGCUUGUAUAAAAUCAGAGCGGUACAGCUUCUUCAACUGAUAGACAUGAUGAGUAGGGGAAGAAAAAUAAUCACUGGACUUUGACUAUGGAUUCUAAACUACAAGAAGAAAAUCACUUGGUGCUUCAUAUUAUUUUAUAUAUAUAUAUUAUGUUUUAUUUCUUCCUUGUUUGUACUCUUUCUUCAACAAGCUACUGAGCUGCUUAGAUCAUGUACAGUAUUAAAAUUAGGUAUAUUCAUUAA